UCCGUCUCCUCCUACAAAUAUCGUGCUACUUAAACUGUAAUUGUACAGCGUCAGAUAUGCACAAAUAGCAGGUCAUUAGCUCCUCAAAAUAUAUCAUGACUACUUGUUAAUCAGAAAUAAUUUUCCUCCCACACUCCGCAUCUUCUGCAGUUCACAGUUAAAAUAAUAAUCACGCAGCAUGAGACUUUCACAAAUAUGUCGUCUGGAAAUAUUCAUGCCUAUUCUCGCCGCAAUUGGUGUGGCUGCACUGCUGUACGAGAUGCACCGAGUAAAACUUCAGAUUCCAACCCAACUACUGCCGCCUACAAACCACGGGAGUUCAGCAAGUGGAGCUCAUAGCAGCGAAACAAUAACUAAUUUCUCAAUGAAUUCAAUACGUUCAAAACAAAUUAUGGACAUUAAAGAGCCGACAACGGACACAAGUCCUGUCCAAACCCGUCUGAAACUAAUGCAGAACAACGUGAAGGACUUACCAAUUGAGUCUACUGGAGGUGUCGAACAUGAGAUAAAGUUUGCCGAGAGACGGCAGCGGCUGCAGCUGGGAUGCGACAAGCACCGCAACCAGGCGUCUUUCGGUGGCGUGGAACAUUUCGGUGGCGUGCUCAGAAAUCGUUUACUUUGGCUCAACCGGGAAAAGAUCGUAGUGUGCAUGAUUGCUAAGGUUGCCUCGUCCUCGUGGUGCAAUUACCUUUUGAAUCAUUACCUUAACGGCUCAUCAAAGAGUGAAGGAUAUGGUCAUCGCGUUGCACAACGUCUGUUGGCUCCGCAGCCUGGCCUCACAGGGAAAGAAACGUUGCAACAACUCAACAGCUUCACAAAAAUUCUUACUGUUCGUCAUCCGUUUGCGAGGCUGGUGUCUGCCUACCGCAAUAAAGCGGAGCCUUGCAUCAAUGAAACGACAUGCUAUGUAAAAACCAGGAAUAUCCCACUAUCGCCUAAGGCACUUUUCAAGGACUUUGCGGAGUAUCUGAUAGAGACAGUAAAAGUCCCUGUUCUGGCUGACGAUGCCGCGUACCAGUCGUUCGACCUUCACUGGAUUCCAUAUUUUCUCAACUGUAAAGUGUGUGACCUGAGCUACGAAUAUAUCGUCAAAAUGGAAACCUGGAACGACGAUCUCAGUUACCUGCUGCCAAAAUAUCACAUCGAAUAUGUGGAGAAAGCCUACGGCGAUAUUUUGAACUCGAGCGAUGUAUCCUUUCAGUACUUCAAGACGCUGCCAGAGUCGCUCGUCCUGAAACUGUACGAGAUCUACAAGAUUGACUUCGAAUUGUUCGGCUAUUCCCUGGAUGGCUAUUUGCAAUGAUUUAAUAAUAUUUACAUUUUACAAUAUUUAAUGCAUUUAUUAAUAUUUGCAGCGACAGGCAUUUGAUAUUGUUUGAAAUAUUACAGAUUUGAUAAUAUAUGAUAUGUUUUUGAUAAAAUCUUGAUGUGCAUGUUGCGAACCAAUCACUAUGUGGUAGCUUCAUGAUAUCUGAAUAGAAACCAAGGUCUUAGUUGAGCAAAUGUCCAAUUGUUUGCUUACGACAACAAAAUAAUGAUGACUCCAUUUAUCCUAUCAAAAUUUUGAUUCCUGGCAUCCGCUAGCUCAAGGACGCACCAAGCUGGCCUAGCGGUGUAAAUUAGCGGCUCUAUGUCCGCUUUAAGUUCUGGUUGUACGAGGAAAAUAAGCACCUGAUUAGGAUACGGUCUAUUCUUUGAUAACCGCGGGUCGACUGCGGGGCGCGAGUAUUUGGUAUCCGAUACGUUCGGGACAGGCACUGCCGAAUCUGAAAAAAUGCAUUAAAAAAUGCCCUCUCCCUUCCUCCCUUGAUGGAGCUAUGUAGACAGAAAAAGGCAAAAACAACGAUGAGUUUCAUUCUUCAAGCGUGUUUCCUGAACUUUUCAUAAUAAUACAAAGCUUAUUUCUGGAGCAGUGACGCAUUUCCCUAAGUGAAAAUAAAACGCCUUGUAUCUUUUGACUCGUCCUUUCCACAUUCGCAAUAUUCAGAGACGGGUAUAAAAAUCAAAGCUCGUCAGGAUGGCAUAUAUAUAUAUAUAUAGUUUUUUAUGAAAGAGCAAUGUAGCUGCCAUCUCAGCGAAAAAUUAGAUACAUGUUUCAUUUAAUUCCGUGCAGGAUUUUUUGCAUGUUUCAGGAAGGCACUAGCGCCGUGUGUCAUCUUAUAGCAAUGUUUAAUUAGCCUAUGCUACCAGACGCACAAUGCUUUUCGGUAAAGGACCAAAUGUCGCUACUGUAUUUAACAAGCCUACUUUCAAUUAGCAAAUAUUUUUGUCAAGGGAUGCAUAUUUGCGUCUCCCAAUAAUCAAUGGAAUAAUUAAAAUGCUUGAAAACUU